UGUAGAAAACGCUAAGAAAUGUCUUGAUCGGGAUGUCGUCGAUUGUCCGCAUGGUACAAAGGAACCCGAGGAUGUCAAACAAUUUCGAGCUUCGUUGGCUAAAGCUACGGAUGUCUGUGCCGAAGCACCUCAAUUAUCUCCAGAAUGUGUUACCAAAAAACUCGAAUGCGAUAGAAAGGCCAUAGAGUUAUCAGAUGGCGUUGUUUCCGCAGACUUUGGCAAUAUUUUAAGUUUACGUGGAAUAGUCAAAAAGAUAUGCCCCCUUUUCUAUGUUUCAACAAAUUGUUUCCAAGAGUUUGAAAUUCUGUGUCCGGGUGUUCAAACAGCAGCAAAGGGAGCUGUUGAAAAUUUUGAGAAAAGCUUGGUCACGAUAUGUCGCGAAAAAAAUGACAUUCAUCCGCCCUUUUCCUGUGAAAUAACGGAUCACAAAUGUGAGAAGCAGGCAACUACAGCUAUUGAAUCGUUGCCAAAAGAUGGAGGGGAUCUAGACGUUCUCACUCUAAUGGGUUUUUGCAAGGACAUGCCUAAUGCCAUUGAAUGUUUUAAAGACGUGGAAAAGCAAUGUGCUAAUAGGACCAGCAAAGUAUCAAAAUUAAUCAAAAUUUACUCACCAGUUAAAACUCAGUACUGUGGCAAGGGUGAUAAUACAGUGUGUUUUCAGAAAAUGCCAUCAUGUAUAGCACCAUAUACCGCUGCUAGCUGUCACAAUAUUACCAGAAAUAAUGUUGACAACUUUCAUCGAUGCUGCGGGCAAUCACGUGACAUGAUGGCUUGCUUAAAGAAUGCUGGUUGCCCAGAUGAUGUUUUUCCGUACGGUCAAAAAGCGAUAUUUGAAGCAAAAUACAAUAUGUACUGCAACCAAUAUCAAGAAUAUUGUCCAGAUUUGCAGGCAUGUUUUAAACCAUUCAAUGGCAUUGGUAACCUGGUAGAUAUAUGUCCUAAAAUACCCAGUGUACUUAGUUGCGUUACUAAAUCGUGUAAAGAUAAACCACAAAAUGGCAAACUGUCCAUGAAACAGAUUGAUUCCCUUUAUAGAGAAGUAUGUCAAGGUCUGGACGAUCAUCAGGGUGUCACCAACUGUACAGGUUUCAAUAGCUGCACGAUGGCAUCUGUACCAUCAAUACCAGGAUCACAACCAAACUUACAAUUAGCUAUUCAUGGUGGAGACCCUUUAUACUGGUGCAAAAUGGCGAAAGGUGCAUCAAACUGCCUGGCAUUAGAAGUUUCAAACAACGCCGAGUGUAAUGUUACGGAUGAUGUCAAGACGGAUAUCACUAUCUUAAAGGAAAAGACGGACAUUAUGUGUAAACAUGUGAGGGAUCCAUGUCCUGGUGUUGGUGUUUGUGUUGAUGAACUAUUUAAUCUGGGAGAUACAAGAUCUUUACUAACAGUAUGUCACAACAUGUCAAAUUUUACGACUUGUAUGACGACAGCUUUGACGACUUGUGGCGAUUCGAGUUUGGUCCAUGCAAGUUACAGUUUGUCGAAUAUGGAAAAAUUGUUCACCCAAGCAUGUGAUGAGUUUGCCAAAAUCACAGGUCCAGUUACAUGUAAUAAUAUUAAUAAUAUUGAAGUGUGUUUUGAUGUUGAUCUACCGACAAAUCAGCCGAAUUUAAAUGAUAAAUUAUCAGAUCCAACUUUCUGGUGCAAAACUUUAAAGAGAAUAUUAAAAUGCGGUUCCUCAAUGAGUUCCUCUUGUGACCAUACAAAAGAAAUUUCAACUAAUUUGUUGAAUCUAUACAAUAAGGUCGAAAGAUAUUGUCCAUCACAAGUUGCAGAAGCUGUGAAAGCUGAAAAGCGUCCUGAAAACUCGGUGUCAUCAGUUGUAUCCAGCGCUCUCUUAAUCCUUGCACUACCAACAAUCGUCUUUCUAUAAUCCCAUGCAUUAGUACCAUCAAAGAAUGUCAAAACAAGUUGAAACUAUGCAUUUAUCUGUUCUUUGAAGUCAAAAGUGAUGGUCUUACUGUUUCUACAUUUUAACAAAAGACAAAUAAUGAUGACAACCUCUCGAAACAACGUUUCGAAUAGCUCCAGGUGCAUCGAUUCAAGCGCUAUACCAUUAAAAAUAGCGAUGUUUAAAGCGAAUGGGCCAAGUUUGUGUGGUCAACUCGUGUUACUAAUUUGUCUAAUGUUAGUUCUUGUGCCGUCAUUGACGUCACGAACUUGUGUCUUAAUGUAUAGCGUGACAUAAGGAUAUAUUGUAGAUGUCAUCCUUAUGUAUGUAUUGUGUAAAUCAGUGGACCGUAUAAUUCGACAUAGGAGAAUAAAUGUCAAAAAUAGUAUUGUUUAUGUGGUAUAAGUUUAUCAUUAGAAUGUACAUGUUCGUGGUAAUGCGUGUAUCACCUACCCCUAAUUCGAGAUGAUUCGUCUGAACGAUUUUACAACCACAGUAUAGACAACUUUUGUUUACUUAUGAUGUGAAAAGUCAUGUUCCAAAAAAACAUCGGCGCUCAGCAAACUUAUGUUUUCGUAAUUGUCCUCCUUCCUGGGGGGGGGGGAGUUCUAAAGUUUGAUCGCUGUGAAUGAACAAUUUUGCAUCUUAGAUGAAUUUGCAGAGGGAGGUUUUUGGUCUUCGCCAACGUACGAACGAAUGCACGACGUUACGAUCGAUCGAAUCAAUGUUUUAUUAAUGUUAUAUAAUCUAGGUUCAGCCGUGAAAGAAAGGCUUUUUGAUAACUACAUUCUAAUGAUAAACAUAAACAGCGUAAACCUAUUCUUAAAACUUCAGAAAAUGUAUAAUUAAAGGGGAUAAAUCGCUAAUAUUUUGGACCUAGAAAUUGACACAAAUAGGUCGCAACGUAUAUAAUAAUGUAAUAUGAAUGUAUAUAUAAACUGAUUUACAUUCAAUCGUUGUUUUAAAUUGACAAAUAGUUCGUGUUUUCAAUGUCAAAGACUUUGGAUGAUAUUAGGUUAGAGACUUGGCUACUUUAAUGUUGAAAAUGGAAAUCUUUAAAACACACAAUGUAGAUUCAGAUGUGAAUGUCGUAGGUGUAGAUUAAUAAAAAUGAACAUAAAAAUGUGAAUUUAGUUAUAAUGCUUAUAGUAGAAUGUAUGUAUAUUUAAAUGUCCAUUACAGAGUUAGGUAAAGUUAGGUGAUCGGCACACUUAUACAUGUACGUAAAAUGUGAGGUCUUGCGUAUGACAUAACAAAAAAUAUCACUGGGUCUUCAAGAAUUAAAGGAAAUUAUUUAAAGAGUGUUCAAACAACAUGACAUAAAUUUAGGUUACACAUCUGUUUCAUUUAAAUUGUAUAUAUUCACUAAUUGUACUGAAUUUAUUACAAUUGUAUUGUUCUGUAUUACAGUUGUAUUAAAUUUAUUACAAGUGUAUUGUUCAGUAUUUAUUAGAAUUCCACUGUGCUCUAUUUAUUAUAGUUGUAUUGUAUUGUAUUGUACUGUACUGUAUGCUACUUAUUAAAAUGACACUGUAUUUAUUGCAACUGCAAUCUGGCUGUUUU